GCCGGGUAUCCCGGCUCCCGGCGGCCGCGGGGCGGCGUUGAGCCGCCGUCCUCCCGCUUCCUUUCAGCAGCGGUGCCGGGAUGCAUGGCGGCACGGCCGGCAGACACCCCCCUCCGGGUCCUUCCAAACGCUUCCCGGUGGCGGCGGUGGAUGCUAUCCUGAAGGACGUGCUGGGGAGCUACCUGAGGGAGCAGCCCUACGAGGCGGCCCGGUGCAGGGACAUGGCGAAGGACAUCGCUGAGAUUAUUAAAGCUCGGGUAAAAGACCUUAUGAUACCAAGGUACAAGAUUGUUGUGGUGACGCAUAUUGGGCAGCUGAAUGAGCAGAGCAUGCAAAUCGGAAGCAGGUGCCUGUGGGAUCCUGCGAGCGAUACGUUUUCGUCAUAUGUGUUCAAGAACGCUUCACUGUUUGCUCUUGCAAAUGUCUAUGCUGUCUAUUUUGAAUAAGGAGGUGGUUGAGUUUAACAGCAGGAGAAAUGAACAUUCAGCCUAACUCUUCCUGUUUCUGCUGUUGAAAACGGUUGUGAAGGACCAAGGCAACUUUCACCUGUUUUGAAAUGUGGUUACUGUAAGCCUUUUGUCAGUGAAUGUAAUAAUUGUAUUUCCCAGAGCGUUCUCUGGGAAGCAAUUCUCUGUGACAUAUGCUGUUUUGCUCCCGAUUCUAGCUGCUUUCAGAACUGAGUAUCCCUGUAAUACUUUCUUCUCCCUGAAUUUGCCCUCACUAUGUGACCCCAAGUAGAAACCACCAAGGGAUUUUUGGAAAGUAAAACAAAAGCAUUUUAAAACUAUCCCCAUUAAAUGGCAUUUGCGGGCAGCUGAGCACGUGCCCGGCCCCAUGGCCCUAGCCCGGUGCACACGCUGUAUUGCAGAUGCUGUGUCCUGUCAAGCCGCAGUAGCUCGGUGCUGCAAGUUACCCUGCCCUGCUGGGGGGAUGGAGGGAUCCCUCCAAACCUUCCGCUGGGCCCAGGGUUGCCCCGGGUGGGCUCUGUGGUGGGAGGGCAGCAGAGGCCGAGUCAGGAGCUUUGCUCGCUGGGGGCUGGGCUGGCUGCCCCUGAGCCCCGAGAAAAGCCCUGAGUGCAGAGAAGGCGGCCGGGAGAAGGUUCUCCUUGGAGAAGACUAGCUCAGUUCCAUAGUACUUGAAAUCAAGUAAAAAAUGUCUUCAAAUUACAUCAUGUUCAAAGUAUGUAGAUCUAACAUGUCUAGGCCCUUCUGUUAAAGGUGCUUGAAUCUAGCAAAAAAAAGGUUGAACUGGGGUGCUCCGCUGAUACCUGCCUAUAGAUAAGAGGGGAAGUUCAGCCCUCUGAGCUCAGAAGUGUAUUUCCAAUCUCCCUGGGUGCAAAUUAACUGUCCACUAGGUAGGACCUCGGGUAGACGUUACUGGAAGCAGCCGGAAUAGGAAAUAAAGCAUGGCUUUUGCCUGCCCAGUUUAGGGGCUAGUGCUGACUGAUCCCAAGUCCGCCCUGCUGCAGCCGUUCCCCUGCUGCGGUGGGGGUCUGACUCGGGGGCCUCGCGCGGCAUGGCGCGCUGCACAGAGCUAUCCGCACCGCGUUGGUUUGGUUCUGAUUCUGCAGACAGACUUUUUGCUACCUGUAUGUCACAGCUGAAACCGGCUGUUGGAUUUUUGUAAGAGAAGGAUAUAAGAAAUUGCUUAUUUUAUGACAUUUUAUGUGCAAAGCUGAAACUAGAACAGUAGCUAGAUGGGAAGAAAUACUUGUACUCGUGACUAAAAGUUUAAACCACUGUAAACUCUUUCUGGAAUCCAGACAACCCAACCUGAACUGUCAUUGCAGCCGUUUGCUGGUUUACAACAUUUACUCCCUAGUGUAGACCACAGAAUAAAGUUACAAUUAAAGAAUACAACUGAAA